UCCAAAUACGCGACUGCCGGCUACUACUGGAGGUUCGUGUGCAUGUUCCAAAAUGGCGUCAAACAGUAACAACGUGAACGGUAGUGCCAUAAGUGCCACCAACCUUUCUACGACAGAUGAUCCAAGCAGUGUUCAUCUACUAAAAUUACUUGAACAAGGUUUUAACAGUAACACUAAUAAGUCGUUAUUAUUGCUCAUUGAUUUUAGGACAGCGCUCACAGCUGUAACACAAACCCAACUUCGAACAUUUGUUAGGAAUGUUUCUCUGCAGCCACUGUUUGCAUGCUUGAAAAUCUCAACCAUGUCAACUUGUUGUUCCUCCUCAACAACAACUUCAAGUUCAAGCAAAGCACGUUCAACAAGUUACAGUGAAACUGACAGAGAGAAACAUUCAGUGAUUGGAGCAAUAUUGAGUAAGAUUUUUGACUGUAUGGAAGCAGACGUGAUUCUGAACCAGUUCCGAGAAGAGCUACUGCUGUGCCUAGAUCAUUCCAAUGAGUCAAUCCAGCUAGUUUGUCUGAAACAGGUGAAGCGUAUAGCAGAUGAUAUCAAGUGUCAAUCUGAGGUUGAGGCUUUGUGUAAUGAUGUUGGUUUACUGACAUCAAUCAUAACUAGGAUUGGUGAUGAUUGUUUGUUAGUCGCUCAAGAGGCAUCAUUUACACUGGAUGCUAUAUGUAGCAAUCACAUCAUGGCUGUGCACUUCAUAUUCAGUGGAUCCUUACUUGGUCACAUCGGUAGAGUUGCCUCCAAGGGCGAUAUAGUAAAAUACAGGUUUUUUGAACUGGCAACAAAGGUAGCUACUUACAGCUCUGAGUCUAUGAUGGUUAUUGGAAAUUGUGGCCUUUUGCAAGACCUCAUCUUGGAUCUGAACACUGAUGAUGAACUUAUUCAAAUGAAUUCUAUUGAGAUGCUGAGUAACCUUGUGUGCAGUAAACAUGGGUUACUGUAUAUGAAUCAGCAAGGUGUUCUGUCCACAAUAGAGAACAUGUUGAUUGCUUCUGAGGUCAAACCAAUCUUACUUCCAUCUUUGUUCCGGUUCUUCAUCACCAUUUGCAAGGCUGAAUCAAGCCAAGUUUCUCUCUUACCGAAUUGCUUCUUGAAGUUGAGCCUUGACCUCCUUGGCAGUCAUGACAUGAGCUUAGUUGCCAAUGCAGUGGAUGCUGUCAAUGUAGUUGGAUUGAGUGUGGAAGGAAAAGAGGCCUUACUCAAACAAGGUCUUUUGAUGAAUGAAGGACUCACCCAAAUGGGUCUUAUUAUUCAGCGUCCUCCAGUAGAGGUUAGAAUAAGGAGUUUGAUGGCACUUGCAAACUUGUUCUCCUUGAGGGAUGAUGAACAAACAAGUGGAAUGCUCUCCAUCCUCGAGCAAUGGUUCAUGAAAAUCAGCAACAAUUCUCUUCAAACAAUUCUUGCAAUAUGCCAGCAACCUUUUCCUGAGCUUAAAUGUGCUGCACUGUCGGUCCUGAAGGCACUUGCUAAUCAGGAGUGGGCACAGAGAUUGAUGAAUCAGCACUGUGGUUUUCAUGAAUAUCUACUUGAUCGUAAAACUGAACAUGAGCAAACAGGUAAACAUGCAAAAUAUGAUGUCAUUAAGGUACUAGCAAAGUCAUCAACUUCUGCCCAUACUUUUGGUAGACCAUUUGUGUUAAAAAUGAUGGAGUAUGUGAAAGAGGGGCCCUUGUAUAAAAUAGUGCAAUCUAAAGUAGCUUUGCAAGAUUAACAAUAUCAGUUCAUUUAUCUUUGGCCAUUAAUAGUUGAAUGUUGAAAUUAACUUAGCUAUUAAAGGCACUGGAUACUAUUGGUAAUUACUCAAAAUAAUUAUUAGCAUACAAACUUACUUGGUAACGAGUA